CUUGAUGCCAACAUGGCGGAUAACGCCGUCUACCGAGCGUUGAGGCUCCACAUCGCGCCUGACAAGUUUUAUAUCGAGCCGAGGGACCAGCAAUCAGUUGGUGAUCAAAUACUCGAAAUAGACCGUGUUACACAAGAGUUAAGUCUAGCAGACAAUGAGGGUCAAAUCCCACCAUCAGCUGAGAGUAGAGAUAUAUUUGGAAUUUUGGGAAUCAUAAAUUUGUUGGCAGGACCAUACUUGGUUGUAGUCACUAAGAAGACUCUUGUAGGUCAUGUCAGGGGUCAUGAAGUAUGGGUGAUCAAAGGAACAGAUAUUCUGGCUUUUCCAAGAGCAACAUUGCAUCUCACAGAGAGUCAGCAACGGAACAACAAUAUCUACUUAUCAAUGGUGCAGUCAGUUCUUCAGACCAGCAGCUUUUACUUCUCUUGUACAUAUGAUCUAACACACACUCUGCAACGCCUCUCAAGAACCAGCCCAGACUUCCUUCAGAUGCCUCUCUUUGAAAGGGCUGAUCCUCGAUUUGUAUGGAAUGGUCACCUUCUAAGACCUUUAGUUGUGCAACCAGAGCUUUACAAAUUUAUACUUCCAGUUAUGCAUGGCUUCAUCUCCAUCAAUUCCUGUGUUAUUAAGCAGAACACAUUUGAUUUCAUCCUUAUAUCAAGAAGAAGUUGUUUCAGGGCAGGUACACGUUACUUCAUUCGAGGACUUGAUGCUGAAGGAAAUGCUGCAAAUUAUGUCGAAACUGAGCAGAUUACUCAGUUUGAAUCUGGAGCAUGUUCUUUUGUACAGACAAGAGGAUCUAUUCCACUGUUUUGGUCUCAGAGACCCAACCUUAGAUACAAACCAGUACCUCUGCUAAAUCCAUCAGCUGACCAUAGAGGAGGAUUUGCUCUCCAUCUAGACAAAGAAAGAGUGUACUAUGGAGAACAUGUUUUAAUAAACCUUAUUGAUCAGAAAGGCCCAGAGAAGAUUUUAGGUGAUCGAUACACAGAGACUGUCAGUAAGGCAGGGUUAACAGACAACUUCUUGAGAUAUGAGCCAUUUGAUUUCCAUAAAGAGUGCAGUAAGAUGAGAUGGGAAAGACUGUCCAUUCUAACAGACAGAUUAAAAGGAGAUCAAGAGAAGUUUGGAUUUUUCUCUGUCAGAGGAAAAGAUGGUCAAAUUGACACUGAACAAAAGGGAGUGUUCAGAACAAAUUGCAUUGACUCACUUGACAGAACUAAUGUUGUUCAGAGCUUGUUCGCACGGAGAAGUCUUCAAGCACAGUGCGAGCGAUUUGAAAUUCUAAGCCCAGGAGAGAGAAUAGAGAGUUACGCAGGAAUGGAGAAGGCAUUCAAGAAUGUCUGGGCAGACAAUGCUGAUGCAUGCUCUGUGCAGUAUGCUGGAACAGGAGCUCUCAAAACAGAUUUUACAAGAACUGGAAAGCGUUCAACACUUGGAGCCUUAAAGGAUGGUUUUAAUUCAGCUGUGAGGUAUUACAAGAACAACUUUGCUGAUGGAUUUAGACAAGAUUCAAUUGACUUGUUCCUUGGAAACUAUGUGGUAGACUCCAAUGAAGGAAUCUCCAAACCAUCACCUCUUGAAAUUCUCAGAGAUUGGAGAUUUAUGGCUCUCCCAAUGAUCCUUUUGCUAGGAUUCUCCAUGUUUGUUAUCAGUGUUUUAAUUCCGUCAACUGAUUAUGGAGUACAAUUUCUUUAUGUGUUGUUCUGGGGUGGUGCUGUGAUGAUGACACUGUACGUGGUGCUGUAUUUCGGCAAUGAAUAUGUUGAUCAACCACGCCUGGUGCAAGUUCAAGCAAAGGACAAAAAUGUUUGACUAGAAUCAUCAACAAAUUCACCCCUUUAUAUCUUGGUGUAAAUUAUAUCUAGUUAUUGUCAGUGAUUAAUAUCAUGGUAAAAAUAUAUGAAUUUAAGGAUUUAUGAAUCAAGAUAAAAUUGGCAAUGUACAAUUUACAUCCUGCAAACUUGGGUAGGUUAUGAAGUGUUCUCCAAUGAUUUUUGGUAGCCAUUUAUUACAAAAACAUUGGCUAGUAAAGGUUUAAAAUUAAGAUAUUGGACAAAAUAAGGCAGGGUAAGAGUUUAUCCAAAUCUCACCUCAAGGCUGUCAAGCAAGAGAAAUUGAACAUCAAUUUCUUUAAGCUUCCUUUGACUAAUUAAAUAUGCACAUAUUUUUUGAGUUAUAUCACAAAAUGUGAACAGUGUUACAAUGAUUUUGUUUAAUGCCUAGUAAACAAGCUAUGACAGGCUGCUGUAUUUGCAGGGAACACCAUCUAAUCAUAUUAAAAUUCCAAACAUUGAACAGAAGGCUGUGAUUGUUCUCCUGACUUGAGCCCUAAAACUCUUUAUUGUAGGAGCUGUGCUAUCUUAGCUUGCUAGUAGAAUAUUUAGGGCCAUCAUUGGUCUCCUGUAAUCUUUUAAGAAAAUCAACAUUUUGUUAUUUUCUGUAUGAUAAUAUUGUUAUCAGUUACACUUGCACAAUGAAAGACCAGUGUUACCAUAUUGGCAUGAUGGGAGCCAAAAGAACUAAGUGUUUAUUUGAUUAAUUAGGUACUUACAUCAUGUAGUAAAGAUAUUAAGUACCAUUGGUAUAUAUUAUUUGCCAGAAAUUAAUACUAUAGUCAUCUUUAUGAAGAGACAAGAGACCAUAAUCACAUCUAGUAUCAAAAAGUUCCAAUACAUAAAGUUGAAUAUCUACAAAGUUCAUAAUGAAGGGAAAAUCAAGAGCUCCAUGAUUUUCCCUUUAAACCUUUUCACUCCCAAUAUCUAGGGCAGAUUCUCUUUACUGGUAGCCACACAUUUCUUUAUUGGUUGUUAGUGAGAAUUUUAAUAUAUAUCAAGACAAUGUUCCAAUGAGAUGAUUUUCUUAAUUCUCUUUUGCUGUUUGUUUGAAAGUGGGUGAAAAUGUUGUAGAGAAUGUAUGAAAUGAUCCCACCUUGAGAUGAAAGGGUUGUCAUUGCUUCUUGGUGCUACCAUCAGUUCAUCAGAAAUAUCUCGCAUUUGAAACUUGUUCAUGCACAGUGACACAGUUUUAAUAUUUUAAUAAUUUUAAAAUUAUUUAAGGAAAGACAAUUUUAAUGGAGAUACAAGAAAUAAAGAGGUUGACAUUGUUCA